AUGCAUCUCCAACUACGACCAGCCGUCCCAGAGGACAUCCCAGGCAUGUGCAGGGUUUACUACUCAGCCUUUAGUGACACCAUCAUCGGAAGUCGUGUCUUUAACGCCAACAAACAAGCCUCUGAGCAAUUCUUCCUCAAAGGUUUUACAGACGAAAUAGCGGAUCCUACCUGCGAAGUCCUCGUCGUCACCCACAAGACAUCACCGGACUCAAAAGAUGAGCAAGUAGUCGCCCUGGCAAAGUGGAAUCUCCCCGGCGCGCCGAUCCAAGACGUCCCACCCGCCGAGGCAUGGCCCGCUGCAGGUGAUCUGGCCGUUGAAUUCUUUGGCAAAAUGACAGAAGGGCGCCGCAGAUUUAUUGGUGACAGACUUCACUACCACCUCGAACUCGUCUGCGUCCACGAGGAUUGGCAGGGCAAGGGUGCAGCAAGUCUGCUGCUACGCUGGGGCGCCGAGCGUGCCGACGCUGAGAGUCUGCCGUGCUUCCUCGAAGCUACACCAAAGGGAGCGCCGAUAUACGAAAAGUACGGGUUCAAGAGAAAGGCCGAUGAAGUGUUUGAGUGGUCGUUUGGAAGGGCUGUGGAGACGUACAUGGAGCGUGAUGCAAAGGUAGAGAAACGGACCAUGACGCGGUCCAGGACCAAGGAACUGGCUUAG